CUCGGUCGUUCUGUGGGAUCGUCGUGGAUCGUCGGGAUCUUGUGCAUCGCGCAGGCAGGCAGGAAGAGCGGGCAGAACCCACAGUGUACGACGUGACUAUAGAGGCCCAUUUGUCUUUCAAGACUCGGGAUGGCAACUCGGAUGCGCACGAAGCGCCGCGGUGAACAAAUACGACUUUGUCUCAUCAACCGCGUGAGCGAUGCUAGGUUCGGCGUCGGCAUUCAAUGACACGCUCUAUUUUGCUCGGUCCAGCGACCGUUUCCGUCUGGGGAUUUCCAAAGACAUCAGCAUCGCCAAUAUGCGGAGGUCUAUAAGAACCGGUGCUUCUUCACCCUACAGGCCCAGAGACGUCCGUGCACCUUCUCUCGUGAGUAUUCCGCACCGCUUAGUUGUCUUUUCUCUGCACGAGCUAACUGACGGGCCUUGUGCAAGAGGCGACGCGCCGAGCAUCCAGCAGGGCCACCCAUUCAACACGAUGCGCUCCGCUGAGAUCUUCGCGCGCACGAGCCACAUGCUCUUCGUCGCGGUCGCACCUUUUGCGCCGAUUCCGGGCACAAUAUUGCACACGACGUCUCCGACGGAGGUCGUUGUCCUUCUCGACCGGCCGACGGUCAGUUUCACGCGCAUGGAAGACGAGUUCGAGUUGCUUUCCUUGCGCUCCGUAUCCGAGCAGAGUGCGAGCAACUGCAACAGCGUACCGGAACGCUCGCAGCCGAGCGUCGACCUCUCUCGUGAGGGCCGUCACCCGUCUACCACUGGCGUAUACCGGAACGGCAGGACAUCCGCCUUCGCCAGCGCUGUCUCAGUCGCCAAGCGGUCGGCCGUCUCUCGCACUCGAAAGGUCCUCUCGAGUGCGUGGAAGCGCGGGCACAGUCCAUACAACCGCGUCUGAGCGGCCACGUUUCCGCUGUGGUCGCCAGAGAGUUCAUCGGCGAGAGUCGAAAACGCGCUUGAGGA